AUGUUUGCCAACGGAAAAACCACAAAGCAGCAGUGCCGCAAGCUGCAGGCGGCCAAGCGCUACCACGUCAUCGACGUGCGGCAGAUCCUGGCUACGCUUCGCAACCACGGCAACGGCAACGGCAAGCGGCCAGGAUCCUCUCGCCCGCAGCACGGACGAGCAGCUCCAUUCAAGAAGGCGGCCGUCGUCAGCCACGGCCCUCAGCGCAUGGAGACCUUCGCCAUCCACCACGAUGCCCUCAUGCUGCAGCCCGAGGGCGAGGAGGAGGGCCACGCCAUCGGACCAAUGCCACCACAGCUGUGGCUCGCUGACAGCGGUGCCACGGCGCACAUCACCAGCGACGCCUCCCUCCUCACCAACUACAUCGCCGUCACGCAGCACGUCACCGUUGCCAACAGCCAGGCCGUCACGGUCAUCGGCAAGGGCGACGCCGUGCUCCGCGUGACUGGCACCGACGGCGCUCCAGGCACCAUCACGCUGAAGAACGUGCUGCAUGUCCCCGACAUCAAUGGCACUAACUUCCCAACAAGCCACGGCGCUUGCGGGGAGCUCGUGCACAGCAGCGAUGGGGAAGCCGAGGAUGCUGACGAGGGCGCCUCUGCACACGACGUGCUAGGCAUCGCAGCAGCGCGGCCGUCGACGCCAUCCGGCAGCAGAUCGCCAGGCCUCUUCCAAGCACAUCGUUACCUGUGGACCAUGUUGCGCUUGGCAAGAGCACGCCGCGCCUCCAUCCCGAAGCAGUCUGCUCCACGUAGCGCUGGGCCAUGCCAGCUGCUCUACGCCGACAUCGCCGGUCCGCUGGAGGAGACGUCGCUGCGAGGUGCACGCUACGCGCUGACCUUCAUCGACGACUGCACGCGCUUUGCCUGGACGUUUCUCAUCCGGCACAAGAACGAGGUCGGUGCGGCCCUGGAGCAACUGCGCAAGGACCGUCACGUCGUCAACGCCACGCUGCAGACGGAUAGCGACGCCGUCUUCAAGAGCCAGGACUUCACCGACCUGUGCCUGGCCUUCGACAUCAAGCAGCGCUUCUCGCCACCGCACUCGCAGGCCAAGAACGGAUCCGCGGAGCGCACUUUCCGCACCCUCUUCGAGACGGCGCGUACGAUGCUGUUUGCUGCGGACCUGGACAAGCCGUUCUGGGGCUUCGCCGUGCAGCACGCCACGCUGCUGCACAACAUCGCGCCACGCAGGAGCCUCAAGGACAAGUCACCGUUCGAGGCCCUGACUGGGCACCCCUUUGACGUCAGCCUGUUGCGCGUCUUCGGCUCGCCGGCCUACGUGCAUGUGGAGAAGAGCAGCACGCGGCACAAGCUUGACCCACGCUCACGCGUUGGCGUCUACGUCGGCUUCGCUGAGGAGGACCAGGCCCACGUCGUCUGGAUGCCGGACACGCGACGCGUUGUCCACACCAUCCACGCUCGCUUCGGCGCCAUCAAGAACAAGGACGCCGUCUCCUCUCAGCAGCAGCAAGAGCAGAACAGCGGUGCCUCUGCUUCGCAUGCCAACAAGACCGCUCAGCGUUCGACCGAGGACAGUGCCACCGGCGCUCCCCCUGCACCACGUGCGGGGGAGCCGCAGCUCCAGCCACGCGCCCUUGGCGGCUCCGUCUGGGACCAGCUGCUGUUGUCUGAGACCCUCGGCGACAAGGACACCUCUGGUGGCUCAACCACCACGUGUCACGUUGCCACCAGCGCUGCUGGUACGGGGGAGAAGACAUCAGCAGUGGGUGGUCAUCUACCAGACAUCGCUGCUGGCAGUUUUGCCACGUCAGCUGAGCCAGCCACCGUCAAGGAGGCGCUUGCCUCGCCAGACUCUGAGGAGUGGCGCCAAGCCAUCCUGGACGAGUUUGCGGCAAUGCAGGCCAAUGACGUCUACGACGUCGUGCCUCGCGCUGACCUUCCCAAGGGCCAGAAGGUGCUCCACAGCAUGGUCAUCUUUCGGAGGAAGCGCGAUGACCAGGGCAAGGUAAUCAAGUACAAGGCGCGCUGGGUUGCCAAAGGCUACUCCCAGGUCCACGGUGUCAACUACACGGACACCUUUGCUCCGACGGCUACCAUCGCAGCCAUCCGCACCAUGCUCGCCAUGGCCGUCGCGCGUGGCAUGAACGUCCAGCAGAUGGACGUCAACACGGCGUUCCUCAACGCGCCCGUGGAUCACGAGAUCUACGUCCAGCCACCGGCCGUCGACGGCAUCUUCUCGCCGAAUACGGUGCUGCGCCUCAAGCGUGGGCUGUAUGGGCUGAAGCAGAGCCCGCGCCUGUGGAACCACACGCUGGACGCCUGGAUGCGCGAGCAGGACUUCGUCGCUACAGCCACGGACGCCUGCAUCUACCGCCGCACCUGCAAGGGUGGCAAAGUGAUGUGGGUUGCCGUCUACGUGGACGACCUGCUCAUCUUCGCCGACAGCGACAGCGACAUGGCCGCCUUCAAGAAGGCCAUCUCCAAGCGCUUCAAGAUGAAGGACCUGGGCAGCCCAGACAUAUGUCUCGGCAUCAAGGUGCAGCACAACCGCAAGGCCAGGACCGUCACCAUGAGCCAGGAGCACUACCUGCGCAACGUGCUGGAGGCCUUCGGCAUGGCUGACUGCAAGCCUGUCGGCACGCCGCUCUGCACGGGCUACGUCGACAAGCCAGCCGACAAGGAGGAGCCACUGCCGGAUGUGCCGUUCCGCGAGCUGCUUGGCUCCCUCCUCUAUGCUGCGACGAUGACGCGCCCAGACAUCUCGGCGGCUGUCUCCAUCCUGUCUCGCCGCAUGCAGCACUUCGGCAUGGACCACUGGAAGGCUGCCAAGCACCUUCUUCGCUACAUCAAGGGCACCUUGUCCUACACCAUCAAGUACGCCGCCACUGGCGACACCAGCAACGGCAGCACUGCCGACGGCGUGCUCUCAGCGUACUCGGAUGCGUCGUUCGCCUCCGACGUUGACACGCGACGUUCCCGCACGGGCUUCGUCGUCUUCUGUGUUGAGACACGACAGGUGGUGUGUGUGUGUUUACUGUAG